AUGGUUCAGACAGCAUGAAUACAUCGAGAAACUGAAUAUGCAGGCCAUCAUCAGUGCCACUGCUGACCAGGACGAAUUUGUCAAGGAAACUAUUUAUUCUCAUGGGAAGGUCCCCACACUGAUUCAUGAACUCCUUGCUGUAGAGGUCUGGAAACAAAAAGUGUUUCCUAUAUUGUGUCAGCUCCAGGAUUUCAACCCAAAGGGCACUUUCCCCAUAUAUAUUGUGAUUCAUCAUGAAGCAACCAUCAUUAACCUCCUAGAAACUAUUCUUUACCAUAAGGACGUGUGUGAUUCUGCAGAUGAGGCAAUUCUGGACCUUGCUGAUUAUUGUCAUAGAAAGUUGACCCUUCUUGCUGCACGGAAUGAUGACCCUGAAAAUCAGGAACAGAACAAAUCAUCACCAGCAUCCCUACAGGAGUUGCAGAAGCAGAAUCAACAGCUGGAAUUUGAUAUCUCCCUGAAGGCACUCUCUAUUCUCCGCUACAUCACUGAUCACAUUGACAGCCUGCCAUUGAGUGUUCAGACACGUCUCCUGAAUACACACAAUAUCCCCUGUGUGCUGGUUCAUCUGCUGAAAUACUGUCCCUGGAGCCGAUACGGUUCAAACGGUGAACUACAGAAGUACACUGAUGGCAAGUGGCAUACAGUUCCUGUAGAGGACAGGCUGAAAAUAACCAAGGUGGAUGGCCAGGUUUGGAUUGCAUUGUACAAUCUGAUUCUGAAGCCUGACUGCCAGCAGAGGUAUGACUUCAACAACUUCAACAAGAGCCAGUUGCUAAAGCUGCAAAGCUUCCUGACCGAAGUCAUCAUUGACCAAAUACCCAACUUGGUGGAGUUACAACGUUUCCUGGGCCACCUUGCAAUGACAGACCCACCUCCAGCAAAGAAAGAUUUAAUUUUAGAACAGGUCCCUGAUAUCCGGGAUAGGAUCAUUCGAGAGAAUUCUAACAAAUGGAAAGCCCUUGCAAAGCACCAAGUGAAAACAGUAUUUAACCCUUCUGAGCAGGAUUUACGUGAACAAGCUCAGAGAUUGACAGAAACUUACAAUCUGGAUGUGAUGGAGAAUCUGAUUCCUGAUCGCCCAAAAUGUGGAUUUUGCGGAGCACAGGCAACAAAACGGUGUUCCCGGUGCCAGGUUGAGCGGUACUGUCGGAGGGAGUGCCAGGUGAAGCACUGGUCAAAACACAAGAAAGCCUGUGACCUGCUGGCUGUUGCGCAAAACAAAACUGAAUGAGGAAUUAGAAAUCAGUUGGUGGAAACCAAACUGGUGAGCACCUGGCUACUCUGCUAUUGGGCACUGAGCCGAGUGAUACAAUCCUGAUCUUAACACACUGCAUUGAUAUGUACUCAGCACUCCAGUUAACAUGCAAUGUGUGACAUUUUGAAUGGCCUAACCAUACAGAACUUCUAUUUGCUCAGGAGGCUAUAAUUAAGUACAGGCUAACUGAUAGGGAUUAUUUUUAAAAUAUAAUUUUUGAAACAUCUGAAAUAUGUAAUUUCCCAUUGUCAUGCUUUAAAUGCUAUUUGUCAGUGUGAAAGUAGGAGAGUAUCCUAACUCAAACCUUGAAUUUAUUGCUGUUACAAGAAAGUUUGUUGAACUAACUGAAAAGCUGCUUUUGGGAAAGUAUUCCCUUUUCUUUUUUGGAAUUCUUUUUGUGUUUACCUUGUGAAGCCGCAUGCUCCGGUGAUGAACUGCUGUUUUUAUAAAGUACCAUUUGCAGCCUUUUAUCAUGACCUGGAUUGGGGUCAUACCACCUGCUGUUAGCACAGUGGGAUCAGGAAAAUGGAGCUCAUACUGAAAUGCACAGCAUUUGUGCAGAAAUACUGUGGAGAUCUGAUCGAUUCAGCUCCUUCCAAACAUCAGAAUCUUAAGAAACCAUGUGAGAUACUCAGUGUCUUUAAAAGCCUGCCUGUGUGAUUGCAAGCUUGACUGUCACUGAGUCAGAGUGAAGAAAACAAAGGCAUGCGGAAUGUAUUCACCAGCUACUACUGAGUUUUUUUUAAAAGACCUUUAGUAACAAAGAUGCAAUUCAUAGACAGUAAGCUUGAUUUUUAAUGUGACAAUCAUGCGUUUUACUGAGAUGACCCUAGUAUCUUUGUCUUUAGUCCCUCUAGAGAAACACGCUUGUAACAGACAGUGUGGAUGAGUUUUUUUGUUCAAUGCCC